AUGGCUGCGGUCAAGACGUCGCAUCUGCCCAAUGAAGACCUGCAGGCCAGCAAGCUCUUCGACGUGUCGCACGUCGUCGCGGUCGUGACGGGCGGGGGCACGGGCAUCGGUUUGAUGAUCGCCCAGACGCUGCAGUCCAACGGGGCAAAAGUCUACAUCACGGGCCGGCGACAGGAGGCGCUCGACGCCGUGGUCAAGCAGUACAGCAACGGACCGGGCAGUAUCCAUGCGUUGCCCGGCGACAUCACCAAGAAGGAAGAGUGCGUGCGGCUUGCGGACGAGGUGGCCAAGCAGGAGUCCGGCGGUGUUCACUUGCUGGUGAAUAACGCCGGCAUCGCUCGUGACGACCACACAAAGUUCUCCGCCGCAGGAAAGCCGGACACGAAAUCUGCCGAGAGCAUUUCGCAGCACAUGCUGAAAUCCGAGGUCGACGAUUGGCAGGAGACGUUCUUGACAAACAUCACGGCCCAGUUCUUCAUGUCUGCCGCAUUUCUUCCACUUCUCAGCAAAGGCCGCGACGUAACCCCUGGCUACACCAGCAGCAUCGUCAACGUCACCAGCAUCAGCGGCCUCAUGAAAGGUUCGAGCAACGGACAGUUCGCCUAUGCCAGCAGCAAAGCCGGGUUCAUCCACCUGACGCGCAUGUUGGCAAGCACGCUGGCCGAGACGAAAGUGCGCGUGAACCAGAUUGCCCCGGGCAUUUUCCCGAGCGAGAUGACGACUGGUGAAAGCGACGAGACUCAGAAGAGCGAACUGAGUUCUGAGAUCAGCAAUCCUGCAGGUCGAGGGGGCGGCGAUGCGGACAUGGCAGCGACCAUCCUGUACUUGGUUGGCAAGGGUGGACUGUUCCUGAACAACCAGCUUCUCCACCCUGAUGGCGGUCAAAUGCUGAUUGCGCCGGCGGCGAUUUAA